AGAUCGGCAAUCUGGCCGAUUCUUUUAGGUGAUAUGAUAAUAUAUCAAUAAGAAAUACAAAAAUAAUGAAAAAUAAUAGAAGUGUGAGAACUAGGAAAUCGAGUGGGUUUGGAAGAAUCGGACCAUUCCCGUAGAAUUGGGAUUGUUUUUUUUCAGGUCGAGUUCCGACAAGGUUGGUAAUUAAUUCGGGAUUCCGAUCCGGACGGGUGAUAGUUUCUGAAUCGCAAUUUAUGGACACAUAAAAGACCGAAGGGGCACUUUCACAAAAUUUGGACCAGCGCUCGUGAAUUCAGAUAGUAGCAGUAGUGGAUGGAGCACCAGAAUACUCAGUUGCAGGCUGUUGAGGUUUUCACUGUGUGAGUGCACACCCCAUUAAAAAAAAGAAAAUGGCGGCGAAAAAGAAACAAAGAUCACAGGAAUCGCUCCCUUUUAUUCUCAUCCAUUGGUUCUCUGAUGAAAUUUAAGUGGAGAAAAUGACCCUGUAGAUCAGUUCCAUGUUCCUUUGUCCUGAAGAAACCCAAGGAAGACAGGGCUUCUUUGAAUGCUUUAGACUUUAGUGUCAUGGAGUAAUGGUGAUUACUUUGAUUCCCUGAUGUGGGUUUUGUUUUUCCUCUUUUUAAAAGAACUGGGUUCUAUUUGAUAUAGAUAUAGAAAUGUGUCUUUUCUGGGGUUUGCUUUUUCUUUUGCUGUAGCUCAUGUUAUCUACUGUGCACAAAGCCAUGAGGAGUUUCUCGGAGAAAGGGAAGAGAAUUAAGCUGAUCAUUCUUGUUUGCUCUUUUUUUUUUAUGUUAAUCCAUUCUUCUAUCUUGAACUAAGGAAAUAAAAGGUGGUAAUUGGUGGUUUUGGCUCUCUGUUUUUAUGUUUUGGGAUUUCAUUCCGUUCUUGUUUGUUUUCUACCAUGAACGCCAUUGCUCUUUGGGUUCUCCUGGUUCUCUGGUUUGUGUUCUCGGGUAAUGCUAUGGGUCUUAACAUUUCCCCGAGACCCUCUGUUGUGAAUGUUGGGGCUAUUUUCUCUUUCAAAUCACCCAUCGGAAGUGUCGAAAAAAUCGCGAUUAAAGCUGCUGAGAAGGAUGUCAAUGCCGAUUCGAGUGUUCUUAAUGGAACCAAACUAGUGAUCACUAUGCAGGAUGCAGCGGGCAGCUACUUUGUGGCAAUUGUUGAAGCUCUCCAGUUCAUGGAGACAGAUACAGUAGCCAUUAUUGGCCCUCAAACUUCUGUAACAGCUCAUGUUAUCUCACAUGUCGCAAAUGAACUCCAAGUGCCUCUCUUAUCAUUUGCAGCCAAAGACCCCACCCUCAAUUCCCUUCAGUAUCCAUUUUUCUUUCAAACAGCACCAAACGACCAAUUCGAAAUGACCGCUAUUGCUGACGUGGUCGACUACUUUCAAUAUAGAGAGGUGAUUGCCAUAUAUGUCGAUGAUGAUAAUGGGAGAAAUGGAGUUUCGGCCUUGGGUGUUAAACUUGCCGAGAGGCGCUGCAAAAUAUCUUAUAAGGCUGCUUUGCCCCCUCAAGCGACGAGAUCUGAAAUUUUGGACUUGUUGGUUAAAGUAGCACUUUUAGAGUCUCGGGUCUAUGUUGUGCAUAUGAGAAUUGACUUAGGUCCCCUGAUUUUCUCUGUUGCUCACUACCUUGGGAUGAUAAGCGAGGGUUAUGUUUGGAUAGCUACUGAUUGGCUCUCUACCAUUUUAGACACUUUUUCUCCCCUGGAUUCAGAUACCAUGGCUUCUCUCCAAGGAGUUUUAGUUAUGCGCCAGCACACACCAGAGUCAGGGAAGAAAAGUGCUUUCAUUUCUAGAUGGAAGGAGUUAGUGAGAGAAGAGGGCCUUGGUUCUUUGGGGUUGAAUUCAUAUGGAUACUAUGCUUAUGAUACAGUGUGGUUGAUAGCUCGUGCCAUUGAUGCAUUUUUCAAAUCAGGGGGUACCAUAUCUUUCUCCAAUGACCCGAGAUUGCAAGAUGCAAAGGGGAGCAAUUUGCACCUGGAGGCCUUGAGCAUCUUUGAUGGAGGAAAACUAUUGCUUAGCAAACUUUUGCAGGCGGAUAUGACGGGUUUAACAGGUCCUAUUCGGUUUGAUUCCAACCGUCAUCUACCUCGUCCCGCUUAUGACAUUCUAAAUGUAGCUGGUACUGGAUAUCGAAGGAUUGGUUAUUGGUCUAAUUAUUCGGGAUUAUCGGUUGUACCUCCUGAACAACUUUAUUCUAAGCCAUUGAAUGAGUCAAAGUUUAACCAAAAGCUGUCCAAUGUUAUAUGGCCUGGUGAAACCCUGUCGAAACCCCGUGGUUGGGUGUUUCCGAACAAUGGAAAGUUGUUGAGGAUCACAGUCCCAUUUAGAGCGAGCUAUCAGAUGUUUGUCACUCAAGACAAAAGCACACAGAUAAUGAGAGGAUAUUGUAUAGAUGUGUUCGUUGCUGCAGUGAACUUAUUGCCAUAUGCUGUGCCAUAUGUAUUCAUACCUUUUGGAGAUGGAAAGACAAAUCCAGAUUACAACCAGCUUGUGAAGAUGGUAGCUAUGAAUGAGUUUGAUGCAGCUGUUGGUGAUAUUGCCAUCGUCACAAACCGCGCAAAGAUUGUGGAUUUUACACAACCUUACAUUGAAUCAGGGCUUGUUGUAGUUGCUCCUGUAAAGAGGAAAGACACAAGUGCUUGGGCUUUCCUAAGGCCAUUUACCUUUCAGAUGUGGUGUGUCACAGGAGCCUUCUUCGUUAUUGUGGGAGCGGUUGUGUGGAUCCUUGAGCAUCGGAUAAAUGAUGAAUUUCGUGGACCGCCAAGAAAACAAUUCAUUACCAUUCUAUGGUUUAGCUUCUCAACAAUGUUUUUCUCUCACAGAGAGAAUACAUUGAGCACCCUUGGAAGAUUUGUGCUACUAAUUUGGCUCUUCGUCGUCCUGAUAAUCAACUCAAGCUACACAGCAAGCCUGACCUCAAUCCUCACUGUGCAGCAACUCUCAUCACCGAUCAAAGGAAUUGAAACUUUGCUUGCAAGUGGUGACCGUAUUGGAUAUCAAGUGGGGUCAUAUGCUGCAAAUUAUUUAAAUGAAGAGCUUGGUGUUCCUUGGUCGAGACUUGUUCCUCUUGACUCUGCACAAGCAUAUGCCAAAGCUCUUACCGAUGGACCAAAUAAUGGAGGUGUUGCUGCUGUUGUAGAUGAGCUUCCAUAUGUAGAUCUGUUCCUUUCGCAGUAUUGCAAAUUCAAAAUUGCUGGCAAGCAGUUCACCAAAAGUGGAUGGGGCUUCGUUUUUCAGAGGGACUCACCUCUUGCAGUUGAUAUGUCAACUGCCAUUCUCAAAUUAUCGGAAUCAGGUGACCUUCAAAGAAUUCACGACAAGUGGUUUGCGAGACUUGGAUGCAGCUCUCAGGACACUGAUAUUGAGUCUAAUCAGCUACGCCUCAGGAGCUUCUGGGGACUGUUUUUGAUAUGUGCGGUUGCCUCAUUGGUUGCGCUAGCUGUGUUCCUUCUGCAUAUGUUGUAUCAGUUCAGCCGCUAUGGCCCUCCAAUGAAUGAACUUGCUCGACCACAAAGCUCACCAUCAGGGCGUAUCCAGACUUUCCUUUGGUUCAUGGAUGAGAGGGAAGAGUCAUCAAGGGGGAGGUCGAAGAGGACUCAUACAGAGGAUUCUUCAAUUGGCAACAGUACAAGGGAACAAGCAUCACAAGGAAGGUCCAAGACGACUCAUACAGGGGAUACCUCAAUUGGAAACAAUAUAAGCCAGUAAGUUGGUCUGGCAUAUGGUUUUUGUUCUCAGAAGUCAUUUUUAAUUUUUUCGGAAUGGAUAUAUGUUAUGAUAAAAAAAAAACGAAGAAGAAGAAGAAGAAAAUAUCUUUGUAAUAUUUUAGUAGUUGGGUUCUAGAGAAAUAGACAAUUGAUUUCAUCACAUGUGAGGGAUCACAGAGAGGAAAGGAGUUCGUCUCCAUUUGUAUCUUUAUAUAUGAGGUUUACGUAAGUAGGCCAAAAAUGAAAUGAAAUAUAUUUGGAGAUGUUGUAUUCA